AACGCACCCUUAAAUAAGUAUCCUCGAUCCACUGCUGACUACGCUUUACGUCAUUCCAUUCAUUGAAAGCCACUAUCAUGACUAUUCUUAAUUCACCUGUUGUACUGUGCGUUAAGUUUCAUUCACAAUCUAUAGAACAUCGUUGCUGCACUACGUAGACCUAACGUCGCUCUCUGUCAUAGGCUAACUGCAGGACAAUACAUUUAGAUGCUUGGGAAUUAUAUCUUCCGAGAUUUCUUUGGGAAGGAGUAGAUAUUCGUCUAAAACAAAGUUGAAGUGUACAAGUAUUGAACAUGAUUUUUCUCGUAAGACGGAGCACUCCACAAUGUCAAGUAGACUGUUGAUAUUUAAUGUGUUUGGGAAAGCGUUUCACGUUAAUUAUCUCUACAACACAGUCCUGGGAAACGACACUGGUUCACACACAUUGCUGCACAUGAGAAACAGGAAAGUACAUCACACCAAGUUUCACGAUCCUCAAAUGCAUUUUGAGCUUUCCGGAGAUUUCAGAAGUAUGCAACAAGAAUGAAGGGUAUUGGUAAAUUGAUAGUGUAUCAUGGUAUUAUAAGACAUCAAUAAUAUCCAUAAACCGAGUGGAAAGAAAACAACAAAGCGUGUUGACCAAUAAAUAGGUACAAAAAUAUUCAAGAAUCUACACCAUGGUCCGAAAUUUUGGAAAGAAUCCCCUGUGAUCAAACCGCGUGAUUUAGCUGUUUCACGAGGAGUUCCUAACUCUGCCAAAUCUAUCGAUGAUCUUAGAGCAAGUAUGGAAGAAGAAGAUACCGAGGACUACUCUCCAUUACUAAAGGCUGUAAGGAAUAGUCACCUUGAUGAAGUACAAAGCCUUGUCAGUCAAGGGGCGAACGUAAAUCAGGGUAAUGCUGAAGGCUCGACACCAUUAAUGAUUGCAGCAAAAACCGGCAGAGUCGAUGUACUUAUUUUUCUUAUCGAUCAAGGAGCUGAUGUGAGAAAGUAUGUUAAAGGAAGGACUGCUUUAGACUUUGCUGUUCAGUUUGGUAAUCUUGAUGUUAUAAAAUAUCUGAUCAGUCACGGAGCUGACGUGUAUAAGACAAAAUAUAAUAUACAUUUUGCUGCUCAGAAUGGUCAUCUUGUUUUCCUCGAGUAUCUCAUCAGUCAAGGGGCUGAGGUGAAGAAAGUAGAUAUAUUUCAUAAGACUGCAUUACACUACGCUGCUAAGAAUGGUCAUCUUGAUGUCGUCAAAUAUCUGAUCAGUCAAGGAGCUGAGGUGAAUGCAGAAGCUCAGUUUGGUGAGACUGCAUUACACUACGCUGCUAAGAAUGGUCAUCUUGAUGUCGUCAAAUAUCUGAUCAGUCAAGGAGCUGAGGUGAAUACAGAAUUUGGGUAUGGUAAGACUUUAUUACACACUGCUGCUCAGGAAGGUCAUCUUGAUGUCGUCAAAUAUCUGAUCAGUCAAGGAGCUGAGUUGAAUACAGAAUCUGAGUAUGGUUGGACUCCAUUACACAAAGCUGCUGAGAAUGGUCACCUUGAUGUCGUCAAAUAUCUGAUCAGUCAAGGAGCUGACGUGAAUACAGAAUCUGAGUAUGGUUUGACUCCAUUACACAAAGCUGCUGAGAAUGGUCGCCUUGAUGUCGUCAAAUAUCUGAUCAGUCAAGGAGCUGAUGUGAAUACAGAAGCUGAGUAUGGUCGGAUUGUAGUAAACGCUGCUGCUGAGAAUGGUCACCUUGAUGUCGUCAAAUAUCUGAUCAGUCAAGGAGCUGACGUGAAUACAGAAUCUAAGUAUGGUCCGACUCCAUUACACAAAGCUGCUGAGAAUGGUCACCUUGAUGUCGUCAAAUAUCUGAUCAGUCAAGGAGCUGACGUGAAUACAGAAGCUGAGUAUGGUCGGACUGCAUUACACAUAGCUGCUGAGAAUGGUCACCUUGAUGUCGUCAAAUAUCUGAUCAGUCAAGGAGCUGAGGUGAAUAAAGGAGAUAACAAUGAUAAAACUCCAUUAUACAAUGCUGCUCAGAAGGGUCAUCUUGAUGUCGUCAAAUAUCUGAUUAGUCAAGGAGCUGAGGUGAAUACAGAAACUAAGUAUGAUCUGACUGCAUUACACAUAGCUGCUGAGAAUGGUCACCUUGAUGUCGUCAAAUAUCUGAUCAGUCAAGGAGCUGAGGUGAAUAAAGGAGAUAACAAUGAUGAAACUCCAUUAUACAAUGCUGCUCAGAAGGGUCAUCUUGAUGUCGUCAAAUAUCUGAUUAGUCAAGGAGCUGAGGUGAAUACAGAAACUGAGUAUGGUCUGACUGCAUUACACAAAGCUGCUGAGAAUGGUCACCUUGAUGUCGUCAAAUAUCUGAUCAGUCAAGGAGCUGAGGUGAAUAAAGGAGAUAACAAUGAUGAAACUCCAUUAUACAAUGCUGCUCAGAAGGGUCAUCUUGAUGUCGUCAAAUAUCUGAUUAGUCAAGGAGCUGAGGUGAAUACAGAAACUAAGUAUGGUCUGACUGCAUUACACAAAGCUGCUCUGAUGGGUUGCCUUGAUGUCGUCAAAUAUCUGAUCAGUCAAGGUGCUGAGGUGAAUACAGAAAAUAAGUAUGGUCGGACUGCAUUAAACAUUGCUGCUCAGGAAGGUCAUCUUGAUGUCGUCAAAUAUCUGAUCAGUCAAGGUGCUGAGGUGAAUACAGAAAAUAAGUAUGGUCGGACUGCAUUAAACAUUGCUGCUCAGGAAGGUCAUCUUGAUGUCGUCAAAUAUCUGAUCAGUCAAGGAGCUGAGGUGAAUACAGAAACUGAGUAUGGUCGGACUGCAUUACACCACGCUACUGAGGAUGGUCAUCUUGAUGUCACCAAAUACCCGAUCAGCCGAGAGGCUAUGAAAUACAGAGCAUAUCAUGAUGUUCAAACCUCACAAAAAGCUGCUGCUAAGGAUGAGGAUUUAGAUGUUACAGAAUAUAUCACCUGUGAGGGAGUUGAGGAUACCAUAGACCAGAUCCUCAGCAGUUAUCCUGAUGCUGGUGUUGCUGUGAUGGGAGACUUUAACCAACUAGACUUGUCCCCACUCCUGCGGGAUAGAAGAUUCAAGCAGGUGGUGAAUAAACCAACAAGAGAAGACAGAACCUUGGACAAAAUUAUAACAAACUUUUCUGUCCAAUACCAAGAACCGCUGAUCAAAUGCCCUCUUGGUGCAAGUGAUCACAAUGCUAUUCUCUGGACACCUACCAUACCAUGUAACCAUCAUAAUAAAGUAGUGAAGAGAGUCACAAGACCAUUGCCAGAUUCAAGACUACGAGAAUUCGGAUCUUUUAUCACGGGCUGUGAUUGGUCUUCGGUCCUCGAGACAUUAUCUGUCAAUGAGAAGACUGACUUGUUCUACAAAAUGAUGAAUGGUAUGAUUGAUCGUUUCUUACCGACACGAGUUGUAAAAAUGCACAGCUUUGAUAAACCCUGGAUGACUCCUGCAAUUAAAGUACUAAUCCAGGACCGUCAGCGAGCUUUCCAUAAGAACGUCAUAGCUCUGUUUAAAGCUAUCGGGAACCGUGUCAGCAGAGAGAUCAAGAAAGCUAAACAGAAUCAAUAUGCUGAGAGAAUCAAAAUCCAUAAGAAGUCAAACCCUGCAGAAUGGUUAUGA